AUGGCAUACAUUGACCAAUUGGUUUGGCGGCUGAAGGAAUUGAAGUGCCCAGCUGUGUUCAUCCUAUGUGUGGUUCUUGUCUAUUACACCAAGCUUGGGAUGCUGAACCAGGAGAUCCAAUACUGUGAGUUCUUCGCCGGGAAAGCGAAUGUUUUCCGCUCGGUCUCCAACUCCGGGUAUCCAUCUUGUGCCGUGGACAUAUCCUACUUCGAUGGCAUUUCGGGUACACAAUCCAACCCUUUCGACAUCUUGAGUGCUUCGGGACUUGCGCUUGGUAUAUGGCUUAUCCUAGCGGCGAAAGAAGACGAGUUCAUUACCAUAUGGGGAAUCGUGUGCUCGUCUUGGGUGCGGACGAAUGCCUACAUAAGCAAAAGGUCCGUUCUCCUGCCACAAGGUGACGUAACGCAGCCUAGAAUCCUUUCCGCGAAUUCUAUGGCCUCGAGGUUUCAAUGCUGCACUAAAUAUGGGCGCUGCUUGAAAAAUGCAUGA